AUGUCUUUGGUUCCUUCCAUCACACAGCAGACCAAUGCCGUCGAACCUGUAAAGUCUCACAACCAUGGGCCUAGGCGUAACACUCCCGUCCCGCUACCUUUUAUCGUUGGUUCACAACCUCCCGUCGCACCAAGCCAACAUGUGCCGGUCAACCAGCCGCUUAAAAUUACGACCUCUCAUCCUGCAUUCAAACCUAGCUCGAACGUUUCCAAAAGGCCCCGUGGAUACGAACAUGAUACCAAAGAACUGGUGGCUGCCAGACCCAUGGCCAGUGAUUCGAAUUCGGGACUUAAUCUAUCGCUACAUCAAAUAGACCAAUCGCACUUGACGCCAAGCUAUGGUGCUGACACCAAGCUGCAAACCGAGUCUGGAAACAGGCGGCAUUGUUUGGAAAAUCACACAGCCCAACUGCCGCUGGCAGCGCUGCCCCAGAAUCCAGUCAGAACUGCCCCAGCAGCCGAGGCUGCAUUCACAUUAGGGCAGUUCACUGAGCAUGUCACUCAUGCCGAACCUUCUGUCCUGAUUGGCGAUUCGAAAGAAAAUUCGUCUCCUGGUGUAACGGCAGCAGAGGCUGAUAAGACUGAGACUGGCGAGAGUCAACUCGUCGAAUCAACGGAUCGACCCACCAAACGGCAAAGAUUCUGUACAGGAUCCGAAGAACCGAUGGGUGCUUCGUAUCGUCCUGCGCAGUAUCAGCUGGUGGGGGAUGAAGACCCGACAUUGCCGACACCCAGCAAAGUGUUGCAAUGUUUGCUGCCCGCCGUAGCCGAGAACUACACGUCAGCAGCAAAGGCAGCGAACCGAGAUUGGCUAGAAGAUCUGCAAGGAUGA